AUGUCUGACUACGAAGAAGUUUUUAAUGAUGGUGCGGAAAACUUUGAAGACUUUGACGUAGAACAUUUCUCCGAUGAUGGAGAGUUUGGUGGUCCUAACGUCAAUGGCGGAUCCGAGGCUCCCGGCGAAGUCAAGGCCGAGAAUGGCCAUACUGUUAUCACUGGUGGGAAUGGACCGGACGACUAUCAAAAUCAUGAACAGACUAGGAGGAAGACCUUAAAAGAGAAAGCUAUUCCUAAAGACCAGAGGAUCACCACGCCAUACAUGACAAAAUAUGAGAGGGCUAGAAUUCUCGGGACCAGAGCAUUGCAAAUAUCCAUGAAUGCCCCAGUGUUUGUGGAUUUAGAAGGUGAGACUGAUCCGUUGAGAAUCGCCAUGAAGGAGUUGGCUGAAAAAAAGAUUCCAUUGGUCAUAAGAAGAUACCUACCAGAUGGAUCAUUCGAAGAUUGGAGUGUGGAAGAACUAAUUGUAGAUUUAUAA